AUGGUGGACCAGGAGGCUAACAGCAUCUACAUGGAGCUGAUAGAGGAUUCCAUGACCGUCCGGAAACACAUUGCAGACACCCAGCAACAGUACCCUGAUGAUGCUGUGGAGAGACUGCAACCAUUAGCUGCUGAGAUAGGCAAACUACUUGGGAAAAUGCACAGCAAUAACAUUGUCCAUGGAGACCUGACAACAUCAAACAUGCUGUUGAAGGGCAUGCUUGAAGAUAGACAUGUCAUACUUAUUGACUUUGGUCUCAGUCAUUUUGAAAAUGUUUCUGAAGAUAAAGGUGUUGAUCUGUAUGUGCUAGAGAGAGCCUUACUGGUUAAUCAUCCAGGCACUGAAGACUUGUUUGACACUGUCUUAAAAUACUAUUCACAGACAAAUACAAAGGAGGCUGUUGAAGUCAUGAAAAAGUUGGAAGAAGUUCGAAUGAGAGGCCGAAGCCGCAUUCAUGGUUGGAUGAAUCUAAAGUUAUGUUUUGUCAGCACAGUUCUUGCAUUUUUCUGA